AUGGAGCCACACGCGGCGAUGCUGCUUAACCCCAAGGGCUACCGAAAGCAGACCCAGACGAAUGCCCCACAGACCACCUCUAAAGCUACGCGAGCUUCAACUUCGAAAAUGCCCUCCAUGGCCCCUCCAGGGACAGCUCCGGUCAUCCGCUCUCGGCCAGAUACUACUUCAAAUGAGGACAUCGCGUUCAUAUUUACUGAUGCGCAGGGUGACAAUACCAACGAUGGCAAAAGACACUUUCGAGAGAUUGACGACGGCGAGGAUACAUCGUCUACUCCUCGCAGCCUGAUUGAAAAUGUCUAUGGCGUAGAGCAACGCCGACGUGAUAUCCAGCCAGUGAAGAAAGCCAAGGUGGACGGUCCUACGACGCCGGGCGCAACCCCAGACAGAACUAUGAUUGCUGCGAAUGGAAAUAGUGGCAUCGGAAAAUGGAUGAAAGACGGCGAAUCAAAACAGUCUGGGGUUUCUCUUCUAGAAAUAGCGACAUCUCCUGUUGUGGACCUGACAGUGGACGGGACAAGGGCUGCUGAAGAUGACGACGUGCAAGUCACAGGCUCCAAUGACCUCAGCAAUCAGCGUGUUUGCUAUGGCAAGUUGGAGAAUGCCAUGAUUAAUGCGUACCUUGUUCCUAAGCCCAGAGCGAACCCCGUGCUUGGACCCGAAUCUCUGCAAUGGUCCUCUAUGAAACUGGAUCUAAUCCGUGAACCCGGGCCAAAUCACAAAAUCGAGGUGAAGGAUCCCUACGGCAAAAUUUUUGGAACAGUGGAUGCAAAGACCGCCAUUGCGCUAUCUCGGCUCAUUGACUCGCCUGUACUUGGGAUUGAUGUCACAGCCCGUCUUGAUAUGCGCAAGAAGGUCGCGGGCGAGAAUGUCUGGCAACCAACACACGGGCUGUACCGCGCUUCAAUUGUGCUUUAUGGACCACGGAAGCAUGCCGAGAAAAUUGGCACCUGGAUUGGACAGCAGAAUGUCUGGCUCUCAACCCCGGCAUUUGUGGAAAACGGAGUUCCCGUUUUCAACCCCCAUGCCGAACAAAGACGGGCAAUGAUGGCAGCAGCUGCCGCAGCGAAUACAGGAUCUCGUGCGAGUGCGGCCAUCCGCUAUGAGGUUCGCACGGCAGAGGAGGUCACGGAUUCUGUGAUGAAGAUGUUCGACAAGCUUGUGAGCAUGGAUAUCCCAAUGCUCGAGCCGCCUGCAUCAAUCAAAACACCUCUCCUCGACCAUCAGAAACAAGCGCUUUGGUUCAUGAGAGAGAAGGAAGCACCGCGUAAAUAUGGGGACAAGGAAGAGGACCACAAUUCCCUAUGGCGCAAAGUUGAGACGAAAAAUCGAACCCAAUACCGCGAAAUAAUCACCGGAGUGGUAUGUGAUGAAGAGCCUGCGCAGACAUAUGGAGGACUUUUGGCCGAUGUGAUGGGUCUUGGAAAGACACUGAGCAUUCUAUCGUUGGUUCUGUCUACACUUGAUGACGCGACGGAAUGGGCACGUCAGAUGCCCGACCGGAACCUUGUUCGCACCGUGCCUGGCAUUCGCAACACUCGGACCACGCUUUUGGUUGUUCCCUUGACUACUAUUGCAAAUUGGGUUGCGCAAAUUGACGAACAUAUUCAGCCGAGCUCACUCAGCUACUAUGUAUUCCAUGGUGCUUCACGGAAGACAGACCUGGAGGAGCUCUCGAAAAUGGAUUUGUUGAUCACGACUUACCCCACGAUUCACAGUGAGAUUCUUGGAAGGGGCGCGAAACGCGGUAGUCCCCUGUCUAAGAUGAACUUAUUUCGCAUCGUUUUGGAUGAGGCACACAACAUUCGUGAACUGGGGAACCAGCAGACCAAGGCUAUUUUGGCCCUGAAUGCGCAACGCCGUUGGUCAGUCACAGGAACCCCUAUUCAAAAUCGGCUCGAGGACUUGCUUGCAGUCACAAAAUUUCUUCGCCUCUUCCCAUACGAUGACCGCGCCCGUUUCACUCAACACGUCAUCAGCCCCAUGAAGACUGGGAAUGAGAAUGCUCUCGCGAGCCUGCGGGUUCUGAUUGACUCGUUCACUCUACGCCGUGUCAAGAAGAUGCUCAACCUACCAGAACGGACCGAGAAGAUUGUCACUUUACAAUUCUCCGAGAAAGAGGCACAGCUGCACGAAUUCUUCAGAAAUGAAUCCAACGCCAUGAUGGGCGUGAUUGCGAAAGAAAAUAAGAGAACGCUCAGUGGGCGGAUGUAUCAUGUGGUCCUGAAAGCUAUGAUGAUUCUGCGCCAAGUCAGCGCCCACGGCAAGGAGCUUCUAGAUAUCGAGGAUCGCGAGAGAACCAAGGGACUGAGCGUUCAGGAUGCCAUCGACCUUGAUGAUGGCGAGCCUGAUGAGAACCAGGAUGCCUUUGACAAUAAGGCUCUUCGCCAUGUUGACCUGAUGGUUCAGUCUGGGGAUACUUGUAAGAUCUGCGACAAACUGAUCGAAGUUCCAAUGACAGACGCUGGGACCCUAGAUAAGGAGGCAACGAUGGCUAUUUAUUUGCCCUGUCUUUGCGUCAUUUGUCCCGAUUGUUUCUCCCACUGGAAGAGUGUCUUUGAUUCCAAACCAGACACAGAGAUUCAGUGUCAAGUCUGCGGGGGCUGGACUCGCCUUCAAUAUUCUGCAGUGACUGGAGCGGGGCUUGACCGGCUACAGAUCCAACGUCAGGAAUCGCGGAAGAAUGGCAAGGUUCUGGGUGAAUAUGAAGGUCCUCACACAAAGACCAUUGCGCUGAUCGACAACUUGAAGUCUAUCGCCGAAGAGAGCAAGCUACUCAUCGGUGAACCGCCAAUCAAAAGUGUCGUUUUCUCGCUGUGGACGUCGCAUCUUGAUUUGAUCGAGAUCGCCUUGAAGCACAAUGGGUUUCACGGAUUCACCCGUAUUGAUGGUACCAUGAGCUUGAAGGCGCGCAGCAAGGCACUUGACGCUUUUGCCAAGGAUGACUCUGUCACAAUUCUAUUGGCAACGAUUGGUGCCGGUGGUGUUGGGCUGAACUUGACCUCUGCAUCGAGAGUCUUUGUCAUGGAGCCCCAUUAUAACCCAGCUGCAGUUGCCCAGGCAGUUGACCGUGUACACCGUUUGGGCCAGCAUCGAGAAGUUGUUAUCAUGCAGUUCAUCAUGAAAAACAGCAUCGAGGAGAAGAUUCUUGAACUUGCUCAGAAAAAACAAAAGCUGGCAGACAUGAGCAUGAACCGGGGCAAGCUCGACAAAGGCGAGGCUCGAGAGCAGAGAAUGCGAGAAUAUCGCAGUCUUUUCAAAUAA